UUGAUUCAAACUCGUCCCACCAAUCUUUCCCAUUGAUUCGAUUUGCUUGUCUCAAACCCUAGCUUCUACUAGUACUCCUCAUCGAUCGCCGCUCUCGAACUCGCACCGGGCCCGAAUGGCGCCUCCGUCGUGGGUGAUCCUGAGCUGCGAGCCGCGGGUGUGCGGCGACGACACCGUCCUGCCGCAGGGCGCCGACGUCGCCCUCUCCCUCGCCGCGCCGCCGCGUGUCGCGGUGCUCUCGGUGUCCCGGCGCGUCUCGCCGGCCGAGGUGGACCCCUGCGCCAGGUGCAAGUCCCCCUUCGUCCUCGCGCUCGACCCCUCCGCGGGGCUCGUCCUCCUCGUCGCGCCGCCGCCACCGUCCCCCGACGACUCCGGCGACCUGCGGUCCUGGACAGACCGCGACGGCAACGAGCGCACGUUCCGUGUCAGCCUCAUCCCGCGCCCGCUCUACUUCGUCUGCGACGUCGCCGCCGCCACCGCCUCCCACGUCCCCGACCCGGAGCGCCUCAUCUUCAACAACGACCUCGGCGUCAUCGCCGCGCCAGGAGGAGGCCGGGGGAGCUACAUGGUCGUCGAGUUCCAGUUCAUCGUUAGCGGCGACGAGGCCACCCUCCUCCGCUUCUCGUCCGAGACCGGCCUGUGGGAGAAGAAGCGCGUCAACAACCCCCUGCCGCGCUGGAUCUGGAGAUUCUUCGACGUCGUUUCCCACGCCGGCAAGCUCUGCUGGGUGGACACCGCGGCGGGCCUCCUCUUCUGCGACCCAUUCGUCGACGAGCCGCACAUGGAGUACGUCCCGCUCCCCAGGGUCGACCUCCCGCCAGAACACAAUGGAGACUGCCGCGGCUGCGGCUACUGCGCCGAGAGAGCGCUUGCCUCCCGCCGCUACGUGCAGCUGAGCGACGGCAAGUUCAGGUGCGUGGACAUGGGCUCCUGCAAGCGACGGUGCUACUACCAAGUCACCAUGCACACGCUGGUUGAUCCAGGGACCAAGGUGUGGACGCUUGAGUACGCCGUGAGCUUCGCCGACAUCUGGGCCAGCGAGAGCUACAAGGCGGCUGGGCUGCCGGAGAAGGCCCCGGUGCUCGCGCUCGUCCACCCCAAGAACCCCGACAUGGUGUACUUCUUCGUGAAGGACCAGCUCGUCGGCGUCGACCUGCGCGCGAAGGAGGUCCUGGAGUACGAGACACACAAGAUGACCGUGCCGGAGAACGCCCGUGUGUUUUCUUACGGCCUUCUUCCAAUGGAGCUCCCGCCCGCGCUCUCCGCAGGUUUGUCUAAGGAGGGUGCUGCCAAUAAUUCGAGUGGUGUGAGAUCUGCGUCACUGGCUUCCCCGCCAUCUGAUCCCAAUGGAUCCUAGAGUGGGUUGUUCUUGUUUCGUCCAGGGAACCACAAAGCUCAAGUGAAGAAGCUACCUGUGCGUGUGAUAACCAGUUGGAUGUAGGCAUUUUGCAUUGGAUCUUUCAAAUGUUGGCAUUUUGGAGUUCUCUUCGCCUGCCUCUUGAGAAUGACUGUAGAAUGCUGCUAUUCCUUUUCAUGAUUUGUUGUGCUUAUGUCGGAUAGUACUGUUGCACUUAUUGCGCUAGUACUCGAGUAGUAUGUUGAUCGCAUGC